AAGCGAUUGUUAUUCUCUCUGGCGUUUGUUCCGGGUCAUGCCGCGCGCGUAUUGCAUACAAAAGACUCGACGUCAUUAUACCAGGCACAAAGGAGCAUGUUUGACCGCCAGAUAUUAUCCAGGACUUUGCCCGGAUGUUCCACAGAAACUGGUGUUGUGAUACCUGGUGGCUUGCGCAGGAUGUUGAUCUUCACCCGCAGACAUGCCUCGGCUCACGCCUGA